CUUUUAUUUUGAUAUACCCAUAGACAUUGCAAUAAUCAUGUAGCAUUUUUUUUUCUUGUGCUUUCUUUGCCUAGGUUGGAGGAUACAAUGAUGAUGAUAGUCGCAACUUGAGUUCAAGUCAGUUGGAGGAUUCACGGAACAUGAGCCGUGAGAAUGGACCAUCAUAUGAUGAUCUGUUGGAUGAUGAAGAAGCCAUUCACCUAGAGGAGAUCAGUGAUGAUGAGUUAGAAGAAGAUCGUCAGGCUAAAUUUAAUGUUGCGGGUGCUUUGGAUAUAAACUGGGCUUCUCUUGUGCGUGAUACUCCAGCAACACAUGAGGUUGCAGCAGGAACAGCUCUCAAGAGAUUCAGUCCUGCUCACUUGCUGGCACGGAUAGGAGUGUCUACUAGAUAUGCUAGAAAAGAAGUGAUAGAAAGAGUCAGAGCUGUGUGUGCUGCAGAUGCUGCUAAAGAUGAAGAACCCAAGGACAUUGAAGUGCCACCUGUAGUGGACUCCACAGGUGUUGUUCGCUUAAUAAAGGCGCGAGAGGAGAGCCGCCAAAGAAUCCUGGAUAGUAUUGGUCCCAACAGGAGAGCUCUCUGUGCAAGACAGGAUAUUGCCCUGAGACGACAGCUGUGCAAUCUCCCUGAACAAGAUCUUCUGGGUGACAAUCCAUUGCUUGACAAGGAUUUGUUUAGACAGUCAGUCUCUUUACUGAAAUCAUGUUGAGCAAGACCUGCAGAUAUUAUAAAAAUAUGAUAAUAAUUAUUUUUUUCAUCAUAAGCUGAGAUGAUGUACAAGAGUUGAUACAUCCAAAAUGAUAAAUAGCUAUAAAAUUUUCUUACAAAGAUAUUUUCUUGAUUGGGAGAGUUAGGUUGAAUAAUAAAACAGUUGUAUUUUAUCUGAUUUUGUAAUUUCCUUGUUUUCCACCAGAGUACUUCAACAUAUAUAUUGUAGAGUUAUGAAAUACAUGAAUCUAAUCA